CCCUCCAGGAGCUUCUGCGCGUGAAAGACUUGUACACUGUGGAGCCGAGCCACCUCGGGAGCUUCGACUUCGACCGUGUGAAGGUGCUCUCGGCUGGCGUGUCUGUCAAGGACAUGGAAGACCUGCUGCCCUCCGAGCAGCGGGCUAUGUUGGCAGACCCAGAGGGCAAGAUUUUGAGGGACUCGUCCGAGCUCGAGUACGACUCUGGGGCCUUCGCGCCGUACUGGGACCCGAAGCUGCGCUUCGACACCUCAGAGCGGCGGCGUCUCAUCCUUCGGCUCGCGGAGUUGGGGCUCGUCGGGUUCCGCACCUCAAUUCGGGCACGCAUCGGUAUCUUCGUGGUCAAGAAAAAAGAUGGUCUCCAGCGGCUGAUCGUGGACGCACGGGAGCCUAACAGGUUGUGUCGACGCCCUCCCCACUCUUGGCUUGGCACAGUGACCGCGCUGACGGGGGUUGACCUCUCGGACUCAGCGAUCAGGGCCGCAAGUCAGGAUGAUGGCGACCUCAGUUGGGUGCAGCCGUCCGCGGGCAGCGUCGACCUGUACAACGGGUUCUACCAGUUUCGGAACCGUCGCAUGGGCUCGCUGUUCGGGAUCGACUUCGCGGCCAGGGCCGACUACUGGGGGAUCUCUGAGGUCUACUGUGAGGCGACGGGCUCCUACCUGGGCGUCUCCGCGGACACCCCCGUCUUCCCUGUCUUCGAGGGGAUGGCCAUGGGCUGGAGCUGGGCCCUGUACUUCUGCCACGCCACCACCUCCGCCGCUGGCGGUGACAGCAGCGUGGUCGUCGAGGACAGGCACGCGGCGCCGACGCCGACACCCAGCCUGGCCGUCCGGCUCCCCUACGUCGACAACGCCAACGUCAUCGGGAUCACCGCCGAGUCGACGCAGCGGGCCCUGGAGCACGUUAAGCGGGACUUCGACGCGAAGGCCCUCGACUUCCAUGAGGAAAACGUAGCCUCGCCAGAGCUCCAACUACUGGGGGUCGUGUUCGAUGGCGUCCGACGACAGAUCCGGCCUCUACCGCGACGCACCUGGCGGCUCCACCUAGCCUUGCAGGAGGUGAUCAGGAGGGGCUUCGCCAGCGGCCGCGUGGUCCAGAUCCUCGUAGGUCACCUCGUUCACCACUUCCAGCUGGUCAGGGCCGCCCUCGCGAGUCUCGACAAGGUCUGGGCCUUCAUCGGGGAGCACUACGACGACGAGGCGGAGCUCUGGGACUCGGUUCGCUGGGAGCUCGAGGUCGCGGGCUGGCUGGUCUUCAUGGCCGGCGUCGACUUGGGCUCGGAGCCGGCGCCCGUGGCCUUCUGCGGGGAUGCCUCCUCCAAGGGCUACGCGCUGCACGUCGCAGAGAUCUCCGACGCCGAGUACCGCGAGGUGGCCGCCUGCCGUGAGCGCUGGCGUUUCGACCUUGUCGAGCGGGAGUCCGCGGGCUGGGGGCCUGCGUUGCCCUGGGCCGCCGCCUGGCGUGCUCAACACGGGACUGGCGCAUGCCCGCAGCUGGGGCACCUGGAGUCAGGGGGCGGCGCCUCCCAGGGAUGGCGCCGACCCUGGCGUCAGCUUGACGAGAUCGAGCGCCCCGCUUCGGUGGUCGGCACCCCGCCGCUGCCUGACGCGCUGGUGGACCCGGCGCGGUGGCGACGUGUGGUGCGUGGAGGCUGGAGGUACGACACCGCGAUCCACGAGAAGGAGGGCCGCGUGAUGCUGAUGGGCCUUGUCCGAGCCAGUCGUGAGGUUCGAUUCCACGGAUGUCGGCUACUCAGCAUCGGCGACAACCUGGCCUGCAUCUGCAGCUUCGAGAAGGGCAGGGCGAAGUCGUACUGCCUCCAUCGUCUCUGUCAGAGGGCCGGGGCCUUGACAAUUGCGUGUGGCCUGAUUUGGACCCAACGCUACCUGGAGACCAAGAGGUCGGCGCUGGUGAGGCUCAGCUCGGACGAGCUGGGCGAGCUCUUUUGCGCAGUGGCCGCGGCUCCGCGGUGGCGCCAGCUCGGGCAGCGCCGA